CACACACACACGCAUGCACACACACGUGUUCAGCCUGAAACCGCCCUGCACAGUACACGUGUGCUGAAAGAAAGGGAGCACAAAAGCCCCAAAGCAUGUGGACAACUACCUCGGUCACAGUGUGUUGUGAUGCAUCGAGGUGGACGCCCCGGGACGGAGACGUGCAAACGCACUCCAGCGUGCGCGUGUGUGUGUGUGUGUUGCUGCGUUCCAAGGAAGCGGGUGCUUAUCACUGUGUGUGCAUGUGGGUGUGCGCGCAGCUGGAAGCUCGACGCCCACUUGACACGACUAACUAACUUUACACCGCGGAGGGAAAUCGAAGAUCUGCCCGUGUUAAAGAUUCUGCAGACUUCUUCGAUAUGCUGGAGAAGAUGCAGGAUGACUACAUCCCCUACCCACGGAUAGAAGAUGUCCUGGAGAAAGGCGGCCCCUACCCUCAGGUGAUCCUGCCCCAGUUCGGGGGUUACUGGAUCGAAGACGUGGAGGCGCCGGUCGGGACGCCGUCCUCCUCGGAGUCCAGCUUCUGCGAGGACCAGGAGGAGGAGGAGGGGGGCGGAGGGGAGGGCACGAGCCACCGCCUGGAGUGCAACAGCACGGCCCGCGCCUACCGAAAACACUUCCUCGGCGCGGAGCACAUGAACUAUUACUGCAGCGGCAGCAGCAUCGGCCACCUCGUCAUGUCCCUGAAACACGAGGAGGCCGAGGGACAGGAGUUCCUGCGCAUCAUGCUCAGGUCGAGGAUCAAAACGGUCCAUGACAGGAUCUCUUUGGCGGGCAUCAGCCAGCUGCCCAGUGUGCCGCAGAUUGCCAAGCUUCUGUGUGACGAUGCCACGGGGCUGAAGUUCAACCCCGUCCUCUACCCUCGGGGGUCCCAGUUGAUGGUCGCUUAUGACGAACACGAGGUGAACAACACCUUCAAAUUCGGAGUCAUCUACCAGAAGUUUGGACAGACAUCAGAGGAAGAGCUGUUUGGGAACAAUGAGGAGACGCCGGCGUUUAAGGAGUUCAUCGGUAUCCUGGGCGACAACGUUGAACUUCUGGACUUUAAAGGGUUUCGCGGCGGGCUGGAUGUCUCCCACGGACAGACCGGGUCCGAAUCUGUCUACACGGUCUUCAGACGCAGGGAGAUUAUGUUCCAUGUGUCCACCAAGCUUCCCUUCACCGAAGGAGACGUCCAGCAGCUCCAGAGGAAAAGGCACAUAGGAAAUGACAUCGUGGCCGCGGUCUUCCAGGAAGAUGCCACGCCGUUUGUUCCGGACAUGAUCGCCUCCAAUUUCCUGCACUCGUACGUGCUGGUGCAGGUGGAGAACCCCUGCACGGAGCACACAACAUACAAGGUUUCCGUUACAGCGCGGGAGGACGUGCCCGCCUUCGGACCCCCUCUCCCGAACCCGCCUGUCUUCAGGAAGGGUCCCGAGUUCCGAGACUUCCUGCUGACCAAGCUGAUCAAUGCCGAAAACGCCUGCUACAAAUCCGACAAAUUCGCCAAACUAGAGGGGCGGACGCGCGCCGCGCUGCUGGACAACCUGCACGACGAGCUGCACAGACAGAGCCAAGCGACGCUGGGCCUGAGCCAGCCGGGGGAGGAGGACAAGAUGGAGAACGGGGGACACGGGGGUCUGCUCGAGUCCUUCAAGAGAGCCAUGCGCGUCAGGAGCCACUCCAUGGAGACCAUGGUGGGGUCCAACCGCCACAGGAGCCCCGGGGUAGGAGGCGGCGUCCCGGCCAGCGUGAGCGGAGGAGGACUGCCGCAGAGCACCGGCGAGUGCACCAAGAGCACCUUCACUCCUCCUGUGCUGUCGGCCAAGUCUCCUCUGAAGAGCCCCGUGAAGCGGCGCUCGGGCCUCUUCCCUCGUCUCCACUCCAGCACGGAAUCCCCAUCUGAGAAGCACACCCGCAGCGACCAAAAGCUGGCGGAGUUCUGCUCGCUGUCCCAGGAGGUGAGGUCGGAGACGUCGUCCAAUCCCAGCUCCCCUGAGAUCUGCCCCAGCAAAGAGAGGCCCUUCGUCAGGCUGAAAGAGUGCGGCGGCGGCAGCAGCAGACCGAACAUCUCUCGCUCUUCGUCCAGCACCAGCAGCUUCAGCAGCACCACGGGGGAAACGGAAGCUCUGGAGGAACUGGACACGGCCGGCCAUCCCUCGAUAACGUCCUCGUCCAUCUUCAGUCCGUCCCUCAGCGUGGACAGCCCGGUGUCAGGUACCCCCGUCAUCAUGUGCCGCAGCCCGACAGAUCUGAAAAGCAAGACGUCCCCGAGGUCAAACUUAAAGUUCCGCUUCGACAAAAUGAGCCACUCGUCCCAAGCUUCCGAGUAGCUUUUGAAGGAACGGAAACAUCCGACUCGCCCCGAGAGAGGAGCCGCGCGGGUCGAUGGAGCUGCAAGAAAAAUAACUAAAAGUAGAACAACAACAACAACAACCACUAAAUCAGUGUAGAACCCCUUCCAGACGCCAAGGACGAUCCGAUAAGAUUACCGACUGCACCGCGCACACGAUAUAUAUAUAUAUAUAUAUAUAUAUAUAUAUAUAUAUAUAAACUAACUGACAAUACUGUGAGUGUACAGUGAGGAGAAGCAGCUUCCACAACGGCUUUCUCUUCAACCAACCCUAGACUAGAAGAAGAGUCCAUGCUCGGAAACAGGUUGCUGCAUCACGGCUGGCCCGCUGUUCUCACGUCACAUCGCGCGGUAAAGCUGUGAGUUUAAAGGCCGAGCUGUUGUUUUUUUUUUUUUUUUUUUUGUCUUUUCCCCCCCCUCGAAUGGUACGUCUGACAACAGUUCCCCCCCCGUCUGCCUGAAAUAACCAGGCAGACGCACACACAAACACGAGCACACGUAAUGUAGACGUUACAGUAGCAGCGCUUUGGAGGGGACGGCAAAUGUCUCCGAAUGUCGGAUCUCGGCUUGUUCUUUGCAUAGAAAAAAAAAAAACGCUUCCACAAGCACUUCUUUUGAUUUUCGGGGAUGCUUUUGUAACCUCGUUUAGCUGCCGCAUUGUGUCUACUGCACUAUUAACACGACGUUGCUGACGCGUGGUUCGAUUGCCAAAGGCGGCAUUUCUGGGGGGGGGGGGUGGGAACUUCAUCUCCCUGAACCCAAGUGCUUGGUUAGUGGAAACGAGCCCUAAAAAGGGCCACAGUAGGUGACACUGCCAACACAUUUUGCCAUAAGCUUAUUUUAGCCAAAGCUGCGCCUUACAAUCUUAUCAAAAGCCCCCUUUUUCCACCCCUGGUGUCUCUCUCUCUAUCUGUCUCCCUCACUGUGUGACGAGGACAGGGAUCGUGUGGAUCUGGUAACGCCACAAAGCUGCGUGCGGCCCGAUCAACGCCGGCAUUUGCUAAAAAUGGACGUUGCGCUGACAUUUUCACCUUCUGACGCCUCCCCAUUGAAGCUUGCUAGCUCUGUGUAGCCGUCUGUGUUCGGUGGAUCUUUUCAACGUGGGGUUUCAAGUCUAGCGACUUGAAAACAAAGAUGCUUCGUGUAAAACAAACUUUCAGACCACACACACACACACACAAAAAAACAAAAAAACGUUGAAUGUGAACCUCUUUUUCUGAUGCUGUGUUAGUUGUUAUCACAAAGUCUCUUAGAAGUAAAUUGCAAAGCCAGCUGCUUGCAAGCACAUCAGGACUAAAGGUCUACCCCCCCCCCCCCCACAACAUUAGCCUGGAGCUGCACAAGCUUACAGCUAGCAGGGGGGCAAAGUGUGGGGACGGGGGGGAGGAGUGCGCUAACGGAAGCAGAUGCUCGGAUGCGUUUCCGAGGCGACACCAGAACAGCCCGAGCCGGUGGGUCUUUGGAAGAAUGUAUAUGUGCUAAAUGUCAAAAUCCCAGAGGGACGGGUCCGUUCGCCCCCAAAACAGUGAAGACCUUCUUUGUGACGUGGCCGACGCAAAGAUGGCGUUCUCGGCGUUGACCGAUACAAAACUGUGCUCAGUGAGCUUAGGCCGGCGAUUACCUCGAGCAAAGGGAAGCAGGGACGGAAAUCCCACAGGAGCGAAAAGUCCAGGUGUCAUUUAGUUUGUAGCAGGUACAUUAUUGCCUAAAUGCCCUGCCGCCUUUCCUCUGUUAAUAUGCUUAAUUUAUUAAAGUUAUUACUUCUUUUGCGUUGAUGUCAUGUAAAGAAAUGUAACUGCAGAAUAAACUGAUUAAUAAGGUAAAAAGAUUAAAGGAAAUAUAUUAAUUUAAAAGAUGUCUAAACAUGUAUAUGUAAAUUUGGUUAUGUAACGUGCCAUUGAGAAUUUAUUCUAAAAUAAAAUGUUGUAUUUUGUGUCAUUCA